AUGCAGCUGUGGGUCUCCUUGGGACUCACAAGGAUAGGCAGUCUGUCACCUGUGCUGAUGGCACGGCGUCGUCGCGAGCACAUGAGCUGGCGCCAGGGAGAUGGAGAUGGGGUUCAAGGAACGGCCAGGGCUCGCAAGGAAGAGCGACAGGGGGCUGACCGAGAGGAUGCCGACAUGAGGUCUGUUUCAUCUGAGCCUCGCAUGGCUGCCGGAAGCAGUUCAAGUAGGCCGAAGACGGUCUAUACAAUGGAGUCUGGUGCCUCGGAUCCGGUUGCUUCUGGGUUGCUUCGGCAAGACUUACCGCCUGACGCUUUUAUGGCGUUAGCGGCCAAGCUUAGACGCCCAUAUGCCAUACAAAACGCUGUGCAUGCCGGCACCAUGGAAACUCCAUCAUCAACUUCCUCCCCUGCCCUUGAUUCCUCGGCAAGUACGCGGCGACAUCGAUCAUCUGAUCCGGAACCGGUGCGGGCAUCGUCGUCCAGCAAGGACCGCAGCAGAGCUGGCUGUCGUGCUGGAUUCAGGUCCAACCGUACUUGGCCCGCCGGCGCGGUUCCUGGUAAGCUUUUUGCUGCUUCAGGUGUGUUGCCCACCGAUGGCCCCUCGGUUCCCAUGGACUGGGCGAAUAUCGCAGCAGUGGGUACUGAUGCUAUGGACGAUGCUGUGGGAAGGGAUACCUGUCGACCCAAGCCACAGAAGCGACCAAGGGCUCUCGUUGAGUUGGAUGACGACGUGAUGGAGACUUCGGCUCCCAGUGAGCUCGGGCAGGGCAGUGUCAUAGCGCCUAUCCUUGAUCUCACCGGCACCGAUGAUGUGGCUUUCUCAGCAGAGAAUGCGAGGAGCCUCAUCGUGAUGGACACGGCUAGAGAGGCUGUGCCGGACCUCGAGUCGGGAGUUCCUGCUUCUUCUUCCUCGAGCUCGCAGGCUGGUUCUUUGAUGGCACCGGGAUUCACAGGUACACGAGCUCCCGUUUCUGCAUCCACGGCGAUCUCAUCACAGAGCCUUCCGGCUCCGGCCACACCGGCAUGCGCCGAAGCGGACCUGCUCCUUCGCAUCGAGUUGAUAAAGCAGGCAGCUCAGGGGAUUCGCGACGGCGAAAUCAGUCAGGAAGGCUCCGGCACCCCGCCGGAGGCUUUCAUUUUGAACUCCGACUAG